AUGUUGAAGUGGGUUCAGUCGGGUUUAUCUGCUGUUGCCGGUACUACUGAGCCAGAGUAUGGCCGUGGUGCCAUCCAUACAGUUACAGACUCCAUUAAUGAGGGUGCUCCAGUUUACAGAGAGCCUCUGGUGAAUGACCUUUCGUGGAUAGUUCCUGGGUCCACCAAUGUAGAAACUCAAACAUUUUACUUUACUUGUCUCAAAUCAGGGUACGCUGGAUUUGCCCAGGUGAUUCACUCCAACUUGAUGGGAGUACACACCACUGCUCAAUUCACCUUCAGAUUAGUUCAUCAUGACAAUCUUAAAGAAAUGAACUUGUGGACAUCCACCAAACUCGAAAACUUCAAGACCCAAGGGGCCAAUUUUUAUGCUGAUAACUUGUCCAUUGAAUUGCACGGCGAUGAAUACGUGUUAAAGUCGUCGGUGACCCCCAAAUCGGUGGUUAAUUUGACCAUGAAACGUCUUGUACCAGGUGUAAUUUUUGGCAAGGACGGCACUACUCUCUACGGAGAUGACGUAGCUAACCCAUGGGGAAGUAUGCGCCAUUUGUUCUGGCCUCGUUGUAGUGUCACGGGAACCAUUGUUACCGAUGGAAAGACAAUUGACAUCGAUGGUCUCACCAUGUUCGUCAUGGCCAUGCAGGGAAUGAAACCACACCAUGCCGCCAAAUCAUGGAACUUUUUGAAUUUUCAAUCAGAAGAGUUCUCGGCUGUGCAAAUGGAGUUCACCACCCCUCCUUUCCUAUGCCACUACCUAAGGUUAAUAUCGCCAUAUUGA